AGUUUCCCCGUGAGGAAUUUUAAAAUUCGUCGGGGAAACAUUACGAGUUUCAACAAUCUUCGAUAUUUAGAUUUUUUUCGCGCAAUCGUGUGAUCAGUGCAAAUUUCAAUGAUCUCACACUCUCCACCUGCUUUGAUCUCGAAUCACCAUAACAACUCACUUUUAUCAAAACAAUUGUCCUGCGUUCAGCUUAUCGUUGCGGUUGAGUUUUGUCAACUUGUUGAGUUUCUGUAAUGAACUAUGGGCUUUCGAAAAACACUGGGCGACAAAGAAAUAGUUUACGGUUGGAUGCGGUUAUGAAAAGGGCUACUUCACGAAUUGGAAGCAAUGUGCGAGGCAGUGUUCACACGUUAGCUGACAAAUCUAUGGCGUUAUGGGACAAAGUACGGAAGCGGUUGGGGAAUUCGGACAGCUCCGCUGGAUGCAGUUGUGGUCGAGAAUACCCAAAUAGUGAAGGCGUUUUUUACGAAGAUUACUUCACGAGAUUCUCCCUGCUACUGCUAGAACCAGGCGAGAUCUACUUUGAAGAUUUUAGUGUUUUUCAUUAUCCAUAUGACCUGCGUGAAGAAGAAGCCAUCAAAAGGAAGCAAAGAGGAAGAUUAAAGAUAUGUUCAAAGUCUAUACUUUUUGAUCCGAUUGAUACAUCUUACCCAAUUUUGAAGUUUCCCCUUAGAGAAUGUAUUUCAAUUGCUCACUGGUCUGGAUCUCUCAUGUCAAGGUAAGGAGAUAUCAACAUUGUUUUGUCAAAAAUCCUUCUGCUUCAAUCACUUCACAGAGCAUCUACUCUCAUGCCAGCUGAUCAGCAAGCUAUGAUCAAUUCAAUUGUCCAGUCAAGGCAGGCCAGAGUUAGCUUUAAUACCAGUUGGUUAGAAGAUUUACAUGAAAAGAUUGUAAUGGAAACUAUGGCAAAACGGAUCACUCCUCUUGUGUGCAAUCCUGGCCGCAUCAUGCUCACUUCUUCCAGACUUUACUUUCAACCUUUCAACAAUGCCGACCCAUGUCCAGUCGUUAAAUGCAAACUAUCCAAGAUAUGCAGGGUUGUCAAAAGGAGAUAUCUUCUCAGACAUGUGGGUGUAGAGGUAUUUUCGACUGAUGGUUCUCAUAUGUAUCUUAUAUUCAACUCACCUAAAGAACGAGAUUUAUUUUAUGAACAAAUUGUUCAACAACCAGAGGUUGAACUAGAAGAUACCAGACAAGAGAACAUGACAUUAAGAUGGCAGAAUGGAGCUAUUUCAAAUUUUGAAUAUCUAAUGUACCUAAAUAGUUUAGCAGAUAGAAGUUUUAAUGACCUCACACAGUAUCCCGUGUUUCCCUGGGUACUAGCGGAUUACAAAACUACCGAGCUUGAUUUAAACAAAGAAGAAACAUUCCGCAAUUUGUCAAAACCUAUAGGAGCCCUAAAUGAAUCGAGAUUAGCCCAGUUGAAGGAGAGAUGUAAAGAGAUGCCUGAUCCAAAGUUCUUGUAUGGUUCUCAUUAUUCAACGCCUGGAUAUGUGUUGUACUAUCUUGUUAGAGUCGCUCCAGAGUUUAUGCUGUGCUUACAGGGAGGAAAGUUUGAUCAACCGGAUAGAUUAUUUAACAGUAUUGGUGAAACCUGGGAGAAUGUCUUGACAGGACAUGCGGAUGUCAAGGAGCUCAUUCCAGAGUUCUUCCAGUCCUCUGGUGAAUUUCUUUUAAACAGUCAAAGCCUGCCAUUGGGCUGCAAACAGGACAAGACUAAAGUCAUGGAUGUUGAGCUUCCUUGCUGGGCAACAGAUCCAGGGGAUUUCAUUCAGAAGAACCGUGAAGCUCUUGAGUGUCCUUUUGUCUCGGAGAGACUACAUCACUGGAUAGACUUGAUAUUUGGAUAUAAACAAAGAGGACACGAAGCAUGGCAAGCAGACAACGUGUUCUACUACCUAACAUACGAAGGGGCUGUGGACCUUGACAGGAUUGAGGACCCAAAUGAGCGAGCUUCUUUAGAAGCGCAGAUCCUGGAAUUUGGACAAACUCCUAAACAGCUGUUUACAAACCCUCAUCCACAGAAACUGGUAACUGGAGCGAGCCCUAACUCCAGCAACAACCCCACACCCAUCAGCAGCAGUGUACUGAAUGGAGAGAGUCCCACUGAACCAGACACGCAGAGUGCAAGCAAUGUACCAGUCAUCAAAGUUAAUGUUGAUUUUGAUGAAGUGUUCAGCCAAAACCAUUCACAGUGGACCAACAUGGACAAACUACAACAGACCACGUGUCACAAACUGCACAAAGAGGAUGCUUCGUCUUGUUCUGUGAAUGUCAAUAUAACCAACAGUCAACUCACGCAGCACAGAAGCACUGUAACAUCAGUGAGACUAUCAAAGGAUUGCAAGAACGUCUUUUCUGUUUCACAAGUGGCUCAGUUGUUGAUCUAUUCUCACUUUGCAUCUUGUUUACAAUUUGUUUUUGUUGUCUUUUCUUUCCAGGCUGAGCUCGAGCAUGACACUGAGGUGAAUUCUGUAGACCUCGAUCCUACAAACACGCUAGUGGUGACAGGGACUAUGGAUGGAACUGUGAUGCUUUGGAACAUCGAUCAACAAACAGCAAUCAGUCAUCACCCAAUUCAUAAAGAGACGGUGAAUGCCGUUCUUUUCAGUCCAGAUGGACAGCGGAUUCUCUCCUGUGGUGCUGACCACUUCAUGAGAGUGCUGGAUGUUCAUACAGGAACAGAAGUGUAUUCUAAAGACGUCGGCGAGGAAAUUAGGUGUGCUGUAUGGGAUGGUCAGAUGGUACUUGCAGGCGGUGAAUCAGGCUACUUACAGAUCUGGGAUCUGAUUAAUGUGCAGGAGGUUUGCAGAAUUACGGCUCACGAAGGAGCUAUUCGAUGCAUCGAUGUAUCAAGUGAUGGUUGUACCGUGGUGACGGGUGGAGAAGACGGUCAGGUGAUCAUGUGGAAACAUACACAACUGAAGAUGUACUCGAUAGAAACUAGACAGCAAGUGAGAGGAAUCAAUCUGUCCUCUAUGGCCCUUUCGUCUUGUGCCAUUAUGCCGGACUCAAAAACGAUCAUAGUUGGAUCUUGGGACAACAAAAUAUACAUUUAUUCUGUGGAGUAUGGGAGGGUUGUAGACACCAAAGCGGGGCAUGAUGAUGCAA